UUCUCUUGUUUGUUUAAAUGUUACUUCACUCUGUCGGCGGUAGGUGGCGGUAAUGAAGCGAGUACUUAUUGUGACUAUCCUGGAACACACGAAGAAGUGUCAGUGUAUUAGGGUCUACACACAUUUGGCUAGCUCCAGCUAGCAAAUACAAAGGCUUCAUUUUAUCACUGCAACUUCUCACCUCGGCAGAAUGCCGCGCUAUGCGCAGCUGGUGAUGGGCCCGGCGGGCAGCGGUAAGAGCACCUACUGCUCCACCAUGAUCGAACAUUCAGAGGCCAUAAACCGCUCGGUUCAGGUCGUCAAUCUGGACCCAGCAGCUGAGCACUUUAACUACCCUGUCAUGGCAGACAUUCGUGAGCUUAUCCAGGUGGACGAUGUGAUGGAGGACGAAUCGCUCAGAUUUGGCCCUAACGGAGGCCUGGUGUUCUGCAUGGAGUAUUUUGCCAACAACUUUGACUGGUUGGAGGAAAGCUUGGGCCACGUAGAAGAUGACUACAUAUUGUUUGACUGCCCAGGUCAGAUUGAACUUUACACACAUCUGCCUAUAAUGAGGCAGCUUGUGGAGCAGCUUCAGCAAUGGGAGUUCCGGGUGUGUGGGGUCUUCCUGGUAGAUUCACAGUUCAUGGUGGAGUCUUUUAAGUUCAUCUCAGGGGUCAUGUCUGCCCUGAGUGCCAUGGUGACAUUGGAAAUUCCUCAAGUAAACAUCAUGACAAAAAUGGACCUACUCAGUCCUAAAGCAAAGAAAGAAAUAGAAAAAUACCUGGACCCAGACAUGUAUUCAAUGAUGGACGACAACUCAAUCAGAAGCACAAAGUUCAAGAAGCUGACAAAAGCCAUUUGUGGUCUUAUAGAUGAUUACAGUAUGGUGAGAUUCCUGCCUUUUGACCGCACGGAUGAAGAGAGUAUUAACAUAGUACUACAAAACAUUGACUUCUCCAUACAGUACGGAGAGGACCUGGAGGUCAAGGAGCCAAAGGAUGUUGACGAGGACCCUGCCAGUCUGAAUUAUGAUGAAAUCUUUCAAGGCAAAGCAGACAGCUGAGGAAUAUUCAGAAAUGAAACUUUGUGUUGGUAAAAGAUUGUGAGAUAUUGCUAAAAUUCAAGAGGCAUGAUAUUAUGUUCACAUAAAGAAUGUCAUGAAACUGCAUGGACAUCUGUUAAAAAACAAAAAAAAAGACAUGUCCUAUACAUCAUCUGUUAUGUAUAUUUAUUUAGUUUUUUUGUGACUGGAAAAACUAGUGAUAUAAACCUUUUAUUUUUUGCAGAUUUUAAUACAGUACUCAAAUUGACUGGAUUGUUAUAAAUACAUUGCUAUGCUAUAUUUUUGUAAUAAAAAAAGAAAAAGUACAAAGUACAACUUGCCGCUGAUUAAGUGAAAUAAAAAGUUGUUAGCGCCA